UUGGACACACACCUUCAUCUCUUCAUCCUUUAUAUAUAUUUUUUUUCAGGUCCACCAUGAAGGGAUGCUUGCAGCUUCAGAGUGUGCUGAUCUUGUGGCUGGUCCAGUGUGCUAGCACUGGGGGUUAUGGAGCUGGAGUAUCAGGAGUAGCCAAUGGCCAAGCACCACAUUUUGAUGGAAGGAGACCUCACAAUGGUGGAGGGGUUGGAAGAAUGCUGAUGCCAUCUAAAGGUGUAAGGUCAACAAUGGGCGCAUAUAAUGGAUAUGGUGGAUACCCCAAUAAAGGAGUGGGCUAUGCAGCAACAAAUGGUGCAGUGAGAGGUUCAGGUGGGAGACCACAAGGAGGAAAUCCAUCAGCUUUACCUAAUGGAGGUGGCGCUAAACAUAAUGGAUAUGGCAGACUAGCUGGCCCAACCAAUCAACAGCCAAUGAAAGGCAAUGGCUAUGGAGCUCACGCCGGUGCCUUUGGUGGACAAGGAAACAAAGGUUAUGGAGGUGCUGCUGCUGGAACCACCCUGAAUGGUUAUGGUCCUGCUGCUGCUGCUCUUAGUGGAAAUGGAGCUAGAACAAAUGGAUAUGGAGCAACAAAUGGUGGGCCUGGAAACAAUGGCAUGGGGGGCACAGGAGGUAAACCCAUGAAAGGAUAUAGUCGACCAUACUAUGGAGCAGGUCCUGGUGCAGGGAUGGGAGCGUCUCAAGGUCAGGGGGUGCCUCAGCUUGCAAGGAGCCAGGGCAAGGCAUAUGGAAAUAAUGGUUAUGGGGGACAAUCAUUCGGUGGUUACAAUGGUGGUUACGGCAGUGCUCGCAUGGGUCUGGGACGGUGGUAUGGAAAUGGAGGAACGAAAGGACCCAAACAAGGAUACGGCGCUGCAGCAGAUGUGUACAAUGGACAACGUGGAAGCCCCAAUGGUUAUGGAUACCCCAAUGAUAGAGCUAACCAGCCUUCCAAACCAGGAUAUGGCAAUAUUCCAAAUGGGAAUGGUGUUAAACCCAAUGGAUAUGGUGCAACAAGAGGAGGUUAUGGAAAUGGAGCUGUUCCUAAUGGAGGCACACCCAAUGGCUUUGGAGCUGGUGGUGUUAAAGGAUAUGGAGCAAAACCCAAUGGGUCUGGAUUUGGAAAUGCUGCAGCACUCGGAUCUGGAAAUAAACUCAAUGGAUAUGGAGGACUUGGUGCAAGCUCAAACCCUCAGCGCACCAAAGGAGUUGGAGCUGUUUCGCCUGGCCAAGGCUACGGUGGUCCUGGUGCACAGUUGCCCAAAGCAGCGAACUCUGGUUAUGGCCAGAUGCUGUAUGGAAAGGCUCCAAAGUUACCAGGUGCACCAAAUGGAAAAGGUCUUAAAGGUGAUGUUCUGUUGCCCCAGCAACCAAGCUCAGCAUCACAGGAGGGUGCCUCUCAACGACUAAUCAUCGGUGGUGAUGUGCUUCGUGCGCCUGAGCCCACAAGCGGCGGCCUUGUCCUGGUGACCCAAGACCAGUAUCAAAGGCUGCCCUCACCUGUGCCACAAGGGAAAAGCUACAAGCGUCUGAUGCCUCAGGGUAUUCCAGAGCCGGUGCCUGUGUUUCCUCAGGGCAAAGAGGGCAAGCUAGGAGGGGAACCAACUCCUGGAUCAGCAUUCCUUGGUCUGCAAGACAAGAGCCUGAAAGCUGGAGCACCAGCAGGGGGUUACAUCCCGGCGGUAGAGCCGCCUGCAGCCCUUCCUCAAGGAACACCAGUUGUUCACGUACCCCUGGAGGAGGAAGUCAAGAAUCUGGAGCCUGAGGCAAGACCUGACAAGCUGGGGGUGAAAAGUGUCCCUUCAGGGGAAAUUGGGUCAAUUGAGAAUGGAGGAGUUUUAAAUGCUAAGGGGCAAGGAGCCAAAGCAACCAAACCUGACUGUGGCCCGGGAGGUGCAAGUGGGCAGUGGAUGAAAAUACCAAGACCGGGCUAUAAUGCAGGGGCUGGAGCAUCAUCAGGCACAAACACCAAAGGUUACGGAGCAGGAUCUGGCAUUCCAAACAGAUUUGGUGUUAAACCCAAUGUUUAUAGACAAGGCGCUUACCUUGGUGGAGCUGGCUAUGGAGAAAGAAUCUCUCAUGCAGGUCAUGGUGAUAGUGGCAAUUCCAACUCAGGCUUUCCAAAGGGCUAUGGUGCUGGUGUACAGCCUGACUAUGCUAGUCUUGGCCAUGGUGUUCCUUCUGCAGAGUUAAAAUCAGGUGGUGGCAUGCAGGUUCCUUACAAUGGUUCCCCAGCAGUACCAGCUGGACUAGAUGGAGCGAGUCAGCCACAGCCACAAUCAGCUGGUCUAGGUCCUAAUGAAAAGCAAGGCCUCAUUCAUGGUGGAAUGGAUGGCUUACCUUAUGGUGCUCAGACUGGGAUGGGUACCAAGAAAGCAAACACAAAGUAUGGCAUCGGUGGACUGCAGUUUGGUGGCAACCCCUUGGCAGGGAAUAAUGGCGGAGGAAAUUAUGGCUAUGGCAUCUAUGGGCCUGCUGCUGUUGAUGUAAAGGCUGGAAAAUAUGGUGGUGCUGGUACGGGUGGGCUUCCAGUAGCAGGACAAUAUGGCUAUGGUGGCAUCCCCAACCUUCUUGGUUUUGGCAGUAAUGGACAAUUUGCUGGCAAGUAUGGUCAUGGAAGAACGCCCCAUGAAGCUCAGCCAGUGGGAUUUGGGCCUCAGGUCAAGCCUCCUGGCACUGGCAAAUAUGGUCCAGCUGGCUCAACAUAUCAGUCAGGACCUCUUGGAUUUGCCCCAAGUGUGAAUUACGAUGGCGGUGAUGGUUCCUAUGUCCCACAAGGUGUUGGGCUUGGUGGUGAAGGAAAGCCUGCUGAGAAAUAUGAUAACCAAGGAUCCCCCAUGAGCCAGCCUCUUGAAUCAGCGUCUGAAAGCAAAUCAGUGGAAGGUGUUCCAACAUUGUCACGAGCAGGCGAAGGCAAGGGGAUGGCAACUAAUAAAUUUGAAAAUGUGGGCUACAUAAGUGGAAGCAAACUGCAGCCUGAAGUUGCUUCCCUACCCGCUGCGCCCACUCCCGGCCCCGCCUUGUCUGCUCUCACGCCCGGCGGAGCAGAUGACCUCUCGUCCGACCUCACGGGCAACGGCGGCCUCAUUUAUAAUUCCGCGGGCGCCGGACCCAAUCCGGCACGGGGGUCGGAGCAGCCGGAUGAUGCGGAGCAGCUGCCACGUCAGAUCCAAAUCCAGCAGCACCUCAAACUACAUUUUCACCCUCAAGGGUCAAAAAAUGCUAAUCACGAUUUGAAUGGUUUCUUUGGGAACAGUGGCUACAAAGGUUAAUGACAUUUAUCCUUCCUCUUUGUCAUUGUACGAUAUAUUUUUUCAUCACUUUGUGAUUGUAUAUUAGUUCUAUCUACUCCCAUCAACUACUUACCGUUUUAACUUUUUAGACAUUUCAUGUUUUUUGUGUAUUAUAUGUACAGUAGUCCCUCGUUUAUCGCUUUUAAUUGGUGAAUUUUCGCAAAGUAGGAUUCAAUGUUAAUAAAUAUGAAUAUAAUAUUAAUUCAUAUUGAUAUGAAUUAAUAAAUAUUUUCAUAGUUGGAGUAUAGAAAACCUGUUUAUGACUUUCUAAAUAUGAUGUUUACCAUUAUUAGAGCCCUCUAGACAUGAAAUAACACCCCUGUGGUCACCUUUACACAUAUUACUCAGUCUAUUUGUUGUAAUCACAAAAUGAGCCAUUUAAGACAGACUCGUGCUUGUGUGUUUCAAUAAAUGCCUUUUGGACAUAAGGUCGGAUUUAUUUGAGUUAUAGAUGGCGUAUGGCCACAACAGUAGCCCGUUUUAUGAUUAUGAUGAUGAUGAUCUAUUAUUGUUAUUGUUAUUAUUAUUAUUGUGCCUGUUGUGAGAU